CAGCUUGCAGCUAGCAUGCUCGUCCUCAGCCUCAUGGCGUUGGGAUUUUAUCUGCAGCUCCUUUUCUGCUUUGCUCUGUCUCAGACCUCCUUUGUUGACAGUGUCUUCUCCAUCUCUGCAGCCCUCCCUUGCUUGGAACAGAAGAAACGGAUUAAUAAUAACAGAGUCUGCUCUUUCCUUGUCCCUCCCCCUCCACCACCCCCUCCAUUAUUUCCUCCACCAUACUUCAAACUGGGAUGGAACUCCAUGUUGGUUCCUCUGGAUAUGAAAAACUGGUGUCAAAUGCUCCAGAUAUCACAAUCUCCAUGUGUAGAAUCUGUAUGCCCUCCAGGACCUCCAGGCCCCCAGGGGCCGCAAGGUAUUCCUGGUGUGAAAGGACCAAAAGGGGAAAAAGGGGAAAUUGGCAGACCAGGAAGAAAGGGCAGACCAGGACCUCCAGGAGUCCCAGGAAUGCCAGGACUUAUUGGGUGGCCUGGUCCAGUGGGACCUCGGGGUGAAAAGGGAGAUUUAGGCUUGAUGGGCUUGCCAGGCACAAGAGGACCAAUGGGCUCGAAGGGUUACCCUGGAAGUAGAGGAGAAAAGGGAACUCAUGGACAGAAGGGUGACAAAGGCAGCAAAGGUGAUAAGGGACAUACAGGCUUCCCUGGAAUGCUGGGACAGAAGGGAGAAAUGGGCCCAAAGGGAGAGCCUGGUUUAUCAGGGCACAGAGGACCUACAGGAAGGCCGGGGAAACGAGGCAAACAAGGACAAAAAGGAGACAUGGGACCUCCUGGAAUUACAGGUCGACCUGGAAAACCUGGUCCUCCAGGUCAGCCUGGACCACCAGGAACAUUGAUAUCAGAGCAACUAACAGUCGGGCCAAAAGGGGAAAGAGGGCUUCCUGGACCUCCAGGGAAAUGUCUCUGCAACUCCCAGCAAAAAUUGAAUAUCCCACCAUAUGAGGAACCACUGUUUGGACAUGUUUAUUCAAAAGUUCCUGCAAUUUUUGUUGUGAAUAAUCAGGAAGAACUGGAUAGACUAAAUACUGAAAAUGCAUUAGCAUUUCGUAGAGAUCAGAGAUCUUUGUAUUUCAAGGAUACUUUUGGAUGGCUUCCAAUCCAGCUUACUCCUUUCUAUCCUGUGGACUACCCUGUUCAAGAUGGCAGUACCUGUGGAGAUGGGAUCCUCCAAGACGGGGAAGAGUGUGAUGAUGGCAAUACCAUUGUGACAGAUGACUGUAUAAGAUGUCGCCAUGCUUACUGUGGAGAUGGCUACCGACAAGAAGGUGUAGAAGACUGUGACGGGAAAGAUUUUGGAUAUUUUACAUGUAAAACAUAUCUCCCUGGGUCUUAUGGGAAAUUACGAUGCACCUCUUAUUGCUAUAUUGACUCUACAGAGUGCCGAUAUUUUACAUGAAGUGUGAGCAGAGAUAGGUAAGCAUUUCCCUAUAUAACAUCAAUACUGUAGGUGCUAUGUUACCAUCAAACCAAGGCCAGACAAUAGCCAAUCUCUAGGAUGAAACAACCAACAACAUGCCAUUGAUGGUGGCUUGAGACGCAUGUUCAAAUGACUCGCACUGGAGAAAAAUAGGACCACUAAAUUCUGUCUUAGUAGAAAACUGUCAAGCAACAUUCUCGUUCAGACUUAAAAUUUCACAUGGCUGCUUAUGGGAACUGCCAUAACAAGAGAAAAACCAAACUAUUUUACUUCAAAAUGGUUACUUCAUAGAAACAAAAUAAUACCUCAACUUAGCACUGUUAGUUAUACAAAUAAGCUCUUCAGGUUGUUGUUUUUAUUUUAAACAAAAAAGACUUUCCUAGUAUAAACACAAAGCAUAUUCUGGUUGCAGUGUUUAUAAGGACAAUUUUGGGUUUUUUUUCUAACAAUGUGAAUUUUGUAUAUGCUUUAGCUAGCUUAUAUGUUCAGAUUUGCUAGAGGCCCUUCCCACCACUGUGUGUACAUUGAUUGGGGGCAAUGUAUGUAUUUACUUAAGCAGGGAAAACCAAAUGAAAGAACUGGUCAGCUUUAAGAUUGAUGCCAUCAAAGAAUGUGAGAGGUGUACAUAAAUUUAAUAAUAAUAAUAACAUUCGAUUUAUAUACCGCCUUUCAGGACAACUUAAUGCCCAGUCAGAGCAGUUUACAAAGUAUGCUAUUAUUAUCCCCACAACAAAACGCUCUGUGAGGUGGGUGGGGCUGAGAGAGCUCCAGAGAGCCGUGACUAGCCCAAGGUCACCCAGCUGGCUUCUAGUGGAGGAGUGGGGAAUCAAACCCGGCCCUCCAGAUUAGAGUCCCGUGCUCUUCUUAACCACUACACCAAACUGUCUAUAUUUAUACAAAUUCUAGAUGGGUAGCUCUAUAAUCUGUUGCAGCAAACAUAAUGGCAUCUCAAAGGCUAACACAUUUAUUGUGGUUUUUAUGUGCUAGGAUCUACUUUGUCAAAUACAUAAAGUGUUAUUUUUGUCUGCCAUCAUCACAUAUCUGACAAAGUGGCUUCUUGCCUAAGAAAACUUCUGUCACAAUAAAGUUGUUAGGCGUUGAGGUGCCUGGGUCUCUUGAGUUACUGAAAUGGAAGCACUCAAAAAGAAGUCACAUUUGCUUAUUAUCAAGACCAAUGAACUGGAUCAACAAACUGGAAAGACUUCAGUCUGUACUAGAAGGUUUAGGGCAGACUAGUGACUAACACUUCACCAAGAACAGACUUGAGCGCAAUUGACUCUAUUUAGCAGAAGAUCUUGAGAAAUGAUUCACUGUGCCUCUUACUGCCUCUGUACUGUGUUCCUGCUAUGGUUCUAAACAGAUCAUAAUAUAACCUUGUGUUAAUAUGCCUGAAUUUUGCAACAUAAUGGGAGGGUUGCAUUUUGAAAAUCUUAGAAUUACAUUAAAGUAUUACAUCCAAUUAUCAAUUUUCAUUGUAGCUUAGACACGAGGAUGUACUCUUUUUAUUCCCUUCCCCACACCUAAUAGUUACUCAGUUGUUCUUGUUUCCUGUGCAGCAGUAUUGCUGUUAGCAUAUCCUAUAGGAGUCACCCCAUGUGUAUCGUUCAGACUACAUGCUCUAUAGAAUUUAUAUGUAUAUAUGUGGUUUAUUAAAAAGAUUGUUUAGAUAGUAUGUUAUCUUUGAUAGCAUUUAGGAUAAUUAUGGAAUCCUCUUUAUAGCAAAUACUAAAGAGCAAUUUUCAUGUUGGAAUUAUGCUGGAUAUGAUACAAAUGGGAGUCAUCAUAAAUAUAGAUAGAUCUUGUAUGGUUAUAUGUGGAUUCAAGAGAAUCAAGAUAGGUCAAUCUUUUCCUAUUGGUCAUUGUUCUUGGUUUAUCUUGAAGGAUCUGUUGUGUUUGUUUGAAAUGCAUGAUCACAUAUAUGUCCUAUUACUUCUAUAGAAGUUGAAUAAGGAAGAUGUUAUAUCAUUAUAAUAAACAUUAAAUUAAAACCAA